CUCCUGCUCCUGGAUGCUUGGUCCCACGCGCUCUGCUGAUUGUUUGCAGCAGCAGCAGCUGUAGUCGUUAACCGACGGUUGAUCCACGAGAACCGAGGAGAGGGACUGAGGAGGAGCGGAGACAGAGUCCUUUAAAGUCUGCAAGAAAUCCAACGCAGAAAGCUUCCUGCUGACUCAACAGAAAUCUUCAGUCUUCUCCGUGCUCCUCUCAUGCUGUCUGAGCAUGGAUGGUACACAGGACGGGGUUCAGAUCGGAGAAAACAAGUUCAUCAGCAAAGCAACAGUCCUUUCACAUCUUAAAACCUACAACCUUUAUUAUGAGGGACAGAAUCUCCAGCUGCGGCACAGAGAGGAAGAAGAGGAGCUGAUUAUUGAAGGCUUGCUAAAUAUCUUUUGGGGCCUGCGGCGGCCAAUCAGGCUUCAGAUGCAGGAUGACCACGAGCGAAUUCGACCUCCACCGUCCUCAACAUCCUGGCACUCAGGCUGCAAUCUGGACAGCCAAGGGUCUCCCAACAGCACAGACAGUCAACAAAACGUAGAACAAAGUCUUCCCACUGUGGAAGUGACUCCACCUGACAGCAAACAUGAAGACAACGGGGUGUCGGAUGAAGAGGACAGUGAGAGCUUUGCUCAGCUUCUCCGGACGAAGAGCGAUGCUGGGGUUUUAAGACGCGGCCAGCGGCGGUCUCCAAGCGACCAGAGGAAAAUUAGACGCCAUCGAUUCUCCAUCAAUGGACACUUUUACAACCAUAAGACAGCAGUGUUUACGCCUGCUUAUGGCUCAGUCACUAACGUCAGGAUAAACAGCUGUAUGACCACGCCCCAGGUGCUCCGAGUUCUCCUCAACAAGUUUAAAAUUGAAAACAGCCCCGAGGAUUUUGCACUCUAUCUUGUCCACGCAAGUGGAGAACGUGUGAAACUGAAGCGGACUGACUUUCCUCUGGUGCUGAGAGUCAUGCAGGGCCCCUGUGAGCAGGUCUGCAAGGUUUUCCUCAUGGAAGAAGACUUGGGCGAAGAAGUCACUUAUGAUGUGGCACAAUAUAUCAAGUUUGAGAUGCCUGUCCUUCAGAGUUUCAUCACCAAGUUGAAGGAAGAAGAAGACAGAGAGGUGCAGAAACUGAGAAGAAGGUAUAAUUACCUUCGGUGUAUCAUUGAAAAGCAGCUUCGUGGUCUUCCAGAAGGAACAAAGUGUAUUUAACCAAAUCCUGGUGAGGACUCAUUCACGCCUGGACACACUCCACAUCGUCCCAGCUGUCACCAACAGAGUUCAUAGACUCACAGAUGAGAUCUAGCUCCUUUGAAUUUCCUCCAAUUCACUCCACCUGCAGACAGCAUGUGAAGCCUAGCGGAUUAUAAACCUAGCGGAUUGCGUUUACAUGAUAGUUCACAUAAAGUAACAAUGGAUCUUGAUAAAAUGAAAUUACCUCUGUUUUUAUUUUAUGCUUUCCAUACACCACACACAGAAUUGAAUUUCUGUUUUCCUGACUAAUUUUACCUUUUUUUAUUUGUUUAGCUGCCUGACUCUUAAAUCAGGGGCCGCGUCACCUGUUCUUCCUCUGGAUAUUAUUCUAAUCCCUUUCAAGCACAGCUGUAAAGUGAAAUGAUUACAGUAUGGUGAAGUGCCUCUUUUAAAAAAGCAGAAAAUCCUUAAAAAUUAUCAACAUUUUUUAAUAUGAGCCAAUCAAUUUUUGAAGCACAAGAGCAGAAAAAAAGCACAUGGUUUUAGAUCUGAAUUCUGAUGUCACUGUUAUCAUUCACAUGCCUCCCUGAUCAGCAGCCGUGGGAAUCUGGCCACUGAUUUUAUAUUUAUUCCCCUGGUUUCAUUUAUGCUGGUAAAUCUGAAGGCUCUUUCAUGUUCCUAGCUCUGCAGAUGAUUUUUCAUGAUGCUUAUGUAAAAAAAGAAAAACGUCUUUUGUACUUUUGGUAAUUUCCUUUCUGUUCUGAGUUUAAUAUUUUGAUGCUAUACUUUCAAAUAUUUCCCACAUAUGAGGUUUUUUUUUUUCUAGUUUUUUUUUGUUGUUAAAAUGGCAAGCUGUUUUAACAUAAAUUCGGCUGUAACGCCUUUACAUUCAAGAUAUCUCAAAUUAUUUAAUGAUGAGACGUUUUAGCGAUUUAAGAUAUCUCGAAUAGGUAUUUUGACUAGAGAUAUCUCUAACUACAUUCUGACUAGUCGAAAUGACGUCAGAUUUACCAUUAACUUGUAUGGAGACGCAAAUUUAAGAUAUCUAGAAUGAAUUACUGACCAUCUGAAAUACACAUUUCAGAUACCUACGAUUAAAUUACGACUAGUCAAAGUAAUUUCAAGAUAUAUCGAUUUUAGUUUUGACUAGUCAUAAUUCUAAUUAAAGAUAUAUCAAAUGAAACAAUAAUUCAUGAUAUCUUAAAUUUAUUUUAGGAUAGGAGAUAUGCAGUUUUGACUAGUGAAAACUAAAUUAUAGAUAUCUUAAAAGCAAAUAAUGACUAGAAAGGACAAAUUUAAAGAUAUCUUGAAUUGUAAUUUCGACUAUUCGAAAUUCCUUUUAAGAUACAUCUAAAUUAAUUAAAGAUAUCUUGAAUUAUUCAGAUUUUCCAUUAAAGAUAUCUUAAAUUGACAUUCUGACUAGUUAAAAUGUGUCAUGAUCUUUUUAAUGGGCUUCCAGGAGGAUCAUUCCUAAAAACAUUCCUUACUAUCAGUUUAAUCCACAGGAGGAAAAGUUAAAUCAGCUCCAUUUACUGUUAUUUUCAGCACCCUUACAUAUGAAUUACCGAUAUGUGGCGCUUUAAAUGAUGAAUCCGGUGUCGUAAUUUGAGAUAUCUUGAAAGAAAUUUUGACUAGUCAAAAUGUAAUUUAAGAUAUAUUGAAUUAUUAUCCUUCCUAAUCAGAAUGUAAAUACAGAUAUCUUAAAUUACAAUUCUGGAUAGUCAAAAUGUGGUGUUCUCUAGUCAAAAUGUAUUUUAAGAUAUCUGGAAUGUAAUUAUGGAUGGUCAGACGAAACCGAAUUUAUGUUUAAACGGCUUGCCAUAAUGACACUGGAAUCUUACUUGACAGACUGAUGUAAAAUUGUGAAUCGCUGUAAAGUGGAAGCAAAAUGUUGCAUCAUGAGAGGUCCAAACAUUGACUGAUGUUUGUUUUUAGCCUUUUUAGACUUUGUUGGACUACCUUUUAAAGCAAUGCCAGUUGCAAGUCCUUAGAUGUAGCUUAGAUGUAGACUGGGCCAAUCUAACUCAUAAACAUACUACGAAGAUGCAUUUUAUUUCCUAAUGUUCUCUAGCAAACCUCUGAAGCCUUCACAAGCAGCUGAAAUUAAGUUGGGAUUAAAAGGACCAUAUUUUAUUUAGAAGCAUCAGAUUAUCAGAUUUUAAUUUAUGUAAAAAAAAAAAAAGCAUUAAAAACAAAUUAUUUUUCUUCCACUUCACAAUUAUUUUUUUUUUAUUUUGGGUCUAGCUGAUAAAAUCUCUAUAAUAAAACUCAUUGUGGGGAAAGUUAAUUGGGUAUGAAUACUUUUGCUAAGCAUAGUACAGCUGACACGACUAUGAACCAGGUCAUGUCUGAGACUGAGGAAACAUUUAAGUCUCUUGUUGGAGCUCAUUAACUCACUGAACUUGUUUCAAAGUGUGAAGGUGACGCAUUAUUUCACCGGCUCAUGUUAUUCUCCUCGGUCUGAAAGUUGCUCUCACUGAUUUACUCAAAAAGAAUUGUGUCAAUCAGUGAAUAUUUAUCUGCAUACAUAAAAUACAGGUUGGUUUUUUGGUAAAUGUUUAUGAAAUUAUGUGCUCGCUUUGUUGAUUUAUAUAAGAUUUACAGUCUUUUUACACAACUGAUUCUUGUAUUUUUAUUUUUUUGUAUCAUGUAAACAAAAUCUGGUUAAAAACAUGCGAAAAGGCAAUAACAACAAUAACAACUCACCUUUUUUGGGACUUUCCUUCAUGUUUAGCGACAGAUUAAACACAAGAAGCACAACAGAAAAAAAAAUAAUGAAAGCCAGUUAAAGCUGUGAAUUACUUUAGUGAUCUUCAAAGAAGAAUGUCUGACAUGUAUGAAUGAGCUCCUAAUGAGCAGUACUUUGCAUAUUUUAUGUCUUUAGCAUUUCUCUCUCACUCUCUGGAUAAUUCACAGCAGACUAUCAGUUUCUUUAAGACUCUAAAAGCGCAUGUUUAUAUUUUUAGAGACUUAUUAUACUUGCCUGCUUUAUUAUUCGUCUUUUACAUUCAAUUGACUUUUUAAAUGGCUUUUUUAAAUGUGAAGAACUCAUGCUGCCCCUUCAAAAAAAGAAGUUUGUUUUUCAUACAGUGAUUAUGUUAUUUAAUAAAAAGCUGUCUUUGGAA